AUGAUCAUUCCAGAUAUCUACUUCACCCACACGCAAGAUUGUUCCACAUGGCAGAUUCAUUUACUAAUGCAUCGACUCACUACGGUGCCAUUUUCUGCUGCUCUAUCACAGGAUUUGCAAUUGGACGAUCCAAAACUACAAAAUUCGGCGGAAUCGAGGAAUGUGCAAAAAGAAGAUGCAGCCUUGCGCACUGCUCAGCCAUGUCAGUCGGAAUACUGUCUAUCCACCAUGAACGAGUUCGUGAAAAUAAAACUUUCCAAAGAAUCGCCUGAGGAGGUUGAAGAAGCACUAAGAAAUGCAGACAACGAACUUGGCACUCCGCUCCCAUCGGCGAGACCGUCAGAAGCAGCGAUCGAGCUGAGUGAUACUCACCGCUUGGUGACGAAUAUGCCGGAUGUCCAAGCUUUCAACGAAGCUGUUGACAGACGUAGUAUGAGAACAAACAAAGCAUAGCAACAUAAUAA